GCAACAACUUAUUGGUCAUUUUUUUAAUGAGAUAAGAUAUUGCAUGGUCCCAUCACAAGAAGUCAUAUUUUGUAUGUUUUAGAUUCCUUAAAUACAUUCUUCCAUCCAACCACAUGCACCAUAGAAGGUAGCAACUAGCAAAGAGGAUCAAAUUGUAGAAAUGACAUCAAUCACCAUGACAGCCUCAACCCUUGGCUUUCCGGCCGUAACCAACCGCUCAUCCAUAGCAAUACAGAGAAGAUUCGUUAUCAACGCUGUCAGGGCUGUUGAAGGGGAAAAGAUGGUCAGAUAUGACAUCAACAAGGAGGGAAGCAAUGGAAGGAGAGAGUUGAUGUAUGCUGCAGCAGCAGCUGCUGUUUGUUCUGUUGCUGGUGUUGCAAUGGCAGAUGAAGAUGAACCUAAAAGAGGUACCCCAGAAGCCAAGAAAAAGUAUGCCCCUGUUUGUGUCACUAACCCAACAGCUCGGAUUUGUCGCAAUUGAGAGUCCUGGUUUACUUUUCUUGAUUGGUAAUGUACAAUGGGGUUGUGUUGUGGUGUUUAUAUUUCAUUUAAUGGUUGCUGUGCUAUUAUAAUUUGUUCAUAAAAACAUAAACUUGCCUUAUCUCUUUGGUGUCAACAGUUUCACGCUCAAUCAAGAAAUUACUUUAUUAA